AUUGAGUGAACUUGUUGACUUUUACUGGCAAGUAUUUUUUGUGACGACACUGGUCACUUUGUUUGAGCUCGGCAGACUCUGGCUCAGCGGCUUUUGGACCAUCGCCAAGAUUUGUAUUCCCUGCAUAUCUUUACAACUAUGUCGCUGGUCUCUAUUCUUCCUGUGGAAUAUCCUGGUCUACCUCCACAAGAAAAUCCUGUCCUGGAGGUCCGAGAGAUGAACGAAGAAGCUUGCGAAUCCUCGCUGGGUCAUCCGAACCCGCUUGGCCUUCAUCCCGUCAACAAACAAAGAACAUCAACUCGCCGCAUCUCAGCCGGUUUUUCGACUGAUGGCCCUCCAUCGUGUCUUCCAUCGGUAGCCACUUCGUCAUUGACUGCAUCCACAACACGCGGCGAACUUCCUACGACCUAUGCCGCAGCCCCACGCCUAUCUAUGCGAAAGACCACACCCACCAGCAUUCCGUUGCCGAAAGCCUCCACAGCAACCACGUACGAAAUGGCUGCAGAAUACCAUGCUCACAAUCAAGAGAACAUUCCACCUCACAGCAGCCUGAUUGGUCUUCAGCAUAAGCACAAGAACAGCAUCGAGAUCGCCGCCGCAAAGCUAGGAACCAAGUCCAAGCCACGAACUGUCGGCGCGCUGCCUAAGUCCAAUACAUUAAACGUCAUCUCUAACUUAACAGCCUCAGUCUCUCGCAGCUCGUUGUCCAAGUUCAGCAGGUCGACCUCGAUUUCUUCAACAUUCGAUUCGGAGCCCAGAAGCAGUAUUUGUAAUGCUUCAGGUACCUCGCUGGGUGUGUCGGGCAUCGAUAGUGGUAAUCCUCGACAAAUCCAUACAGCACAAUCUUCAGCAUACUGGACUGGCCGCUUCGUGGCUCUAGAAGAUCGAUUCCACAAUGAGAUGCUACUGCCUGGAAACAUGACGACACUUGUUACGGCUCACGCUGAACGGUCCAUUGUGCCGGAUUACAGAGCCAGUGUCCCGGCACAUAUGCCUGCGUCGGCAUCAAACCCCAACCUCAUGCGCAACAUAAUUACGGGCCAAAGCAGUAGAUACUCAACAUGCACUGCCACUAAGAGCAGGUUGCGAGCAGGGGGAGGCAGCGUGGACGCGGGGCGUCUUGAGAAUGAAGAGAACAGAGCGCGGCGAGUAUUCUUGCACUUGGAGGCUCUUUGUGCGACUAGCGAAGCCAGGAAGAGCCUUCAUGCAUGGCAGCAAAAGUACGCCAGGCGUAAGGGCAAGGAGCAGCUUUUGCCAAGAGGCGGAAGCAUGGAAGACAGGGGCUGGGUAGGACGGCUGCUUGGACGGGGUAGUCACAAUGGGAGGCGUGGCAGCUUCGUCGGGGUGGCGCUUGGUUGAUGUACGUGAAAAAUUAAAGAAGCGAUUCGAGGUAUCAUGACAAGAGUACAUGAUUAGGGAGAACUGGUGCUGGAGAAUAGUUAUGGAUCGCUCGGAAAUUCAUGGUAGAUGGCGAUGGUAUUGAGCUGCGGUAUGAACAUAGUGUAGGUAAAGAGAGGCGUGUUCAACCUAAUACGAUGUCUCCCUAAUAGUCGAUCGAUUCGACAAACUUUAUGGCCGGGUGUUAACAGGAGGCUUUGCUAUGCAGAUGAGAGUCACGUGUUGUGGAAUGCCCUGAACUUUUUCGGGCUCUCUCUUUCUCUCCGCCCUGCAUGACAUCCGAGAUGACAUGAGAUGACAUGACGACCCCGAC